AAAAUUUUCUAAUGAAAAAUCAAACACAACACAAGUUAUUUUGGUUCGCGUCAAUUCAAGUCUGAAUCUGAUUAUGUUCGUUGGAACCACGCUAACCCCUGCAUUUUACAUUUUUAAUAUAAAUAGUUUUUAUUUAUUUAUUAAUUUUUCUUUAAACCUUAAGAAAAAGUAGAUUAAGCGAUUAGCAUAGCAAAUUUGAGGCUUGCUUAAUGCUUUCUUCAUCAUCGGGUUAGGGUUUUUGCAGUUCCUUCAUUUCGAAACCCUCGUCGAUUCACCUUCACUAUCUGCUUCUCUCCUAAAUCUCACGCUAUGGGGAGCAAAGGCCGCAUGCCGCCGCCCCCUCACCUACGGCGCCCGCACCCGCCGGGCCCCGCCGCGAUGCCGCAUCCGCUCGCGGGGCCGUUCGAUCUGCUCCCGCCGCCGCAGGUGAUGGAGCAGAAGCUGGCGUCGCAGCACGCGGAGAUGCAGCGCUUGGCCACGGAGAACCAGCGCCUGGCUGCGACGCACGGCGUGCUGCGGCAGGAGCUGGCGGCGGCGCAGCACGAGCUGCAGAUGCUGCACGCGCACGUGUCGGCGCUUAAGGGGGAACGGGAGCAGCAGAUACGCGUGCAGCUGGAGAAGAUUUCGAAGAUGGAGGCCGAGGCGAAGGGCGCGGAGAGCGUGAAGAUGGAGCUGCAGCAGGCGCGUGGGGAGGCGCAGAACCUUGUUGUGUCGAGGGAUGAACUUGUUUCCAAAGCGCAGCACUUGACUCAGGAGCUUCAGAGGGUCCAUGCUGAUGCUGUUCAGAUUCCUGCUCUUAUCUCGGAGCUUGAAUGCCUCAGACAGGAGUAUCAACAUUGCAGGGCCACUUUUGACUAUGAAAAAAAAUUAUACAAUGAUCACCUUGAGUCACUUCAGGUGAUGGAAAAGAACUAUGUUUCUAUGAGUAGGGAAGUGGAAAAACUUCGAGCAGAGCUUACAAACACCGCUAAUGUGGAUCGGAGAAGUAGUGGGCCAUAUGGUGGCACCUCUGGAACUAAUGAGAAUGAGGCUUCUGGUCUUCCCGUGGGACAAAAUGCAUAUGAAGAUGGUUAUUCGUUUAUGCAGGGACGAGGUCCCCUCCCUGCAACCAGUGGUGGUGGUGGCAAUGCUACUACACUUAUUACUGCCGGAGGUCAACCUGGUCCAGCUCCUGCAGGAACUGGUUAUGAUGCUCCCAGAGGGCCUGGGUAUGGUGCAUCUGCAGGGCCCGCUUAUGAUGCACAAAGGGUUGCUACUUACGAUGCUCAGAGGUUGACUGGUUAUGAUGCAUUUAGAGGGUCUGCUUAUGAUUCCAAGAGAGGGCCAAUUUUUGAUGCUCAAAGAACUGGCUAUGAUCCACAGAGAGGUCCGGGUUAUGAUAUGCAGAGAGGACCUGCUUAUGAUGCACCGAGAGCUGAUGGCUAUGAUGCACAGUCAAGAGGGGCUGCUGGUCCUCAUGGACAUGCUCCGCCAAUGAACAAUAUGCCUUAUGGAUCCACAACUCCGCCUGCUCGUAGUGGAGGUGGAUACGAAGCUGCUCGCGGUGUAAACCCUGCUAGGAGAUGAUGACCUUGAGUCUUGAGAGACACCAUUGAUGACACUCAAUUCAAAUCAUUCAAAUCUGAAUGGUUGAAACUUCUGGUUUUGUCCUACCGUAAUUUAAUGUGCAUAGUGGACGAGGGAAAAAAAUGUUUACUAAAUGCAUCGUCGAUGUUGAGAACAUGAGUUUGGUAACAGAACAGGGUACAAUCUACCCCUACCGAUUAAUUGGAGUACUUUUAUUUGGGAGUUAAUUUUCUCUUCUUUUAUUC